CUAGUUGCGUUCAACACUUUAUUCGGAAAGGUUUACAGUUCAGGAUUAUCAUUUUAUUAGUUGAAAUGUUAUUCCUGAUCCUGACAGUGACCGUCUCCAUUCUCGGAGCGAUCCUCUACUGGAACUUCCGAGCUCGGUAUCGCUUCUCGGAUAAGUGGCCCACGUUGAAGCCCGUUUACCCGAUUCUCGGAAAUGGACCGGUUGUGAUGGGGAAAAAUGAAGUCGAUCGGUUCGAAAUCAUUCGAGAUGUGUGCUAUUCGGCGGAACGGAUUUUGAAGAUAUGGGCAGGACCGAAGCUGCUGCUGCUGACCAGCCAUCCCGAUUUGAUCCAGCAGAUCCUGACCAGUCCGGUGUGCCUGGAAAAGCCGUACCUGUAUCACUUCGCAGGAUUCGAGGAAGGACUUUUCACAGCUAAGUAUCACGUCUGGAAACCGGCCCGGAAGCGCCUCAAUCCGGCCUUCAAUCUACGGAUCAUCCACGGAUUUGUACCGAUCAUGGCGAGAUGUGCCCAGAAGAUGGCUGCACGACUGAACAAGUAUCCCGACGGAGCCACGGUUGACAUCAUCAAGUACACGAACAUGUGCACAUUGGAGAUGAUAUGCGGAACGACGAUGGGCAGCGAUGUCCUGAACCGGGACGGGAAAGAAGAGUUCAAGCGAGGGUUGGACGGGGCAUUCAAUGGAGCGGCGUGGAGAAUGAUGAACGUCCACUUGUAUCCCGAUAUCAUCUACAAGAUGACCCGGUAUCACAAGGAAUUGACGGAAGCUCGCAAAAUCGUUUGCGACUUCUUCACAAAGCUUAUAGUAGAAAAGAAACAAAUUCUACAGCAGAAACGCCUCAACAAUGACGAAAAGAAUAACAACGACGAGGAGGAAAAUGAAGCUGAUAAUCAUAAACCGAAAAUCUUGGUCGAUCUUCUGUUGAGCAAUUCCUCCGAUGGAAAGCCAUUUACAGAAUCGCAGAUCACCGAUAACGUUUAUGCCGUCAUCACAGGGGCCGUCGACACUACCGCUUUGAUCACCGCCCACGCGUGCCUGUUCAUGUCGUUCUACCCGGAAAUCCAGGAACGUGUGUUCGCCGAAAUCAAUCAGUACUUCCCGGUCGGAAGCGACGACCAAGAAGUUACCCAUGAACAGUUCCGGCAAUUGACCUAUACCGAAAUGUUCCUCAACGAAGUGCAACGCCACUGGACGCCUGUACCGUUGAUUGCGCGGGAAAAUAUGGCCGAGUUCGAAAUCGAUGGGGUCAAGGUUCCCCCGGGGCAUGUGUUUGGAUUGAGCUUGCACGCUCUGCACAUGAGGAAGGACGUGUGGGGACCGGAUGCCGAUCGAUUCGAUCCGGAAAAUUUCAGCGAAGAACGGGCCAAGAACCGGCAUCCGUUCGCGUUUCUUCCAUUCAGUGGUGGUACUCGGAUUUGUCUAGGCUGGCGCUACGCCUCAUUCAGCAUGAAAGCGGUGAUGGUUCAUCUGGUGAAGAAUUUUAAAUUCAGCUCGAAAAUCAAGCCAGAAGAUAUUCGAUUCAAACACGAUCUGACGAUGAAGCUGCCGUUCGAGCACUUGGUUCAAAUUACCAAGAGAAACCCAGUAGCAAAUUAGAAUUGUAUGAUUGUUUAUUUGUAAUUCGAACAACUUUUUAGAAUUUCAAUUGUUGUUAACAAGUAUGAGAUUAAGAAUAAAUAAGCUAAAACAAUAAAA